GCUUGGAAGUCAAUGAGCUUGAUUUCGAUGAAACCCUGCAGGAGCUUGACAACGUGGACCUACAACAAGCAGGGACAGAUCCUGGAGUGUAUGGACAGAUUAAGAGUGAAAUACAAUGGGAUCUAAUGCGACAGCAAAAGCGUGCAAGUUGGAAAACUGUUGAGAGAAAGUAUUUCAAGCCAGAGCAAGAAACCAAUCUCAUGACGUGGGCAGCAAAAGACCAGUUACGUUACCUGCACAAAGAAUAUCCCAAAGAGUGGCCUGUGGAGAGACUUGCUGAAGCUUUCCCUAUAUCCAUUGAUGGUGUUAAGCGUCUGCUGAAAAGUGAAUGGGCACCAAGGAGCGAAGUCGAACUCAGAGCCCAUGACACCAAGGUGAGUAGGAGGUGGAAGGCGCUGCGCACUGGUAAAGGUCUAAAGCAGCUUGGCAUCUCUCAAAGGACUCUGCAGCUCAUAGACGAAGGGAAGAUUCAGAUAGGAAAUGGUGAAGCUAUCAAGACUCUCCCCAUCGGAAAGGUGGAUAUGAUGCUCUUUCAGCGCAUGGACACCAAAACAAUCCAGCCCGUGUCAGGCCCAUUCACCAAAAUGAUAAAGGAAUACAUUGAAGCAAAAAAAUCAGCACUGACGUCUGGGACUGGUAAAUAUUAUGAAAAUAAGGCUACAGUGCGAAUGUUGUCGAAGAGUAAUCCAGCAAAGGUCUCAGCAGAAACACGACGUCAGGACCCUCAAGAACAAUCCUACUCUCGUGUGGCCUUCAACAAGACAGAAGUCAAGUUAGCUGAGGUGAAAGAGGAGCUUGAAGAUCAGGCUAAUACUAUCACAACGGGAGAUGAGGACCUUGACAGCUUAUACCAAGAAUGGGUUCGUGGACAGAAGCGGCUGAAACAAGCAGUGAGACAAAUCCCACAUAAAGAAAAGUCACUGCAGGAGGAAAAUGCAAAAGCAGCCAGAGUGACCACUAGAGGAAAAUACAAGGAGCAUUUCCCAAUGCAGUACGAUGAUCACCAGCAGGAGUCUUUUGUAUAUAGCAGCAAUAGUGGUUAUGUGAACCCUCUAGGUAAAAAGCCGAGCUACCCUGAUAAAAUAGAAGUCCCACGACAAAGUCAGAAAACUGCUGGAUCAGAGGAUGGAAUAACUUAUAGACGGGGUAAUGUGUUUUACGAUGAAAAUGGAGAUUUCCUAUAUAAAGUACCAGGUUCAUGAUAGGAAUUACGGAUAAAUGAUCAGGAAUAAAUGUAUUGGUAAUGUUUACAUAUUUAUCAUGUAGGCCUAUAUGUACAUAUACAGUAAAAGUAUAGAGAGUAUAGAGCUACAUUGUAAUAUUACUGAAUAAACAAACACUGUAAAAUAUACUGAUAUCU